GAAGCCAAGCAGAGAGAGACGCAGAGAGAGCGGAGCGCCCGUCGGCCACCCAGUCCCGGGGGAGCUCUCAGCUCCCCCGUCCCCAGCUCCCACCCUGUCCGGGGGGCUCCUCGAGCCCUCAGCCCCACUCCCUGGUUCCCCAUGGAAGCCAGCUGUGCCCCCGGAGGAGCAGGAGGGAGAGGAGUAGGCUAAAUGACCGCGGCGCGCCCGGGGCCCCUGAGCCCAGCCCGUUCCGCGCAGCUAUCCUGAGGCCCCAGAGCCCCCUGCGCCCCCCACCCGGGGCCGUGCCGCCUCCACCCGCCCCUCCCCCGGGGCUUAGCCCCGGACCUGCCCCCGCCCGCUAGCCAGCGCUCAAGCAGAGGCUCUGGGCCGGACGCGUCGCCGCCCUGGAGUGAGAGAAGCCCAGCUGAAGAGGGUCUCCGGAACCAGCCGCGAUGGACGCGGUUUUGGAGCCCUUCCCUGCCGACAGACUGUUCCCGGGAUCCAGCUUCCUGGACUUGGGGGAUCUGAACGAGUCGGAUUUCCUCAACAAUGCGCACUUCCCUGAGCACCUGGACCACUUCGCGGAGAACAUGGAGGACUUCUCCAAUGACCUGUUCAGCAGCUUCUUUGAUGACCCCGUGCUGGAUGAGAAGAGCCCUCUCCUGGACAUGGAACUGGACUCCCCGACGCCAGGCAUCCAGGCCGAGCACAGCUACUCCCUGAGCGGUGAUUCAGCGCCUCAGAGCCCCCUUGUGCCCAUCAAGAUGGAGGACACCACCCAAGGUGCUGGGGCCACCACGAGCUGGGGUGGAGGACUGUGGGCACCCAGCAGGAAAAGGGGUGAUGUCUUCCAGCCCUGUGGCCCAGAUGUGGAGCGUGGAGCCUGGGUGCUGGGACACAAGCUGUGCUCCAUCAUGGUGAAGCAGGAGCAGAGCCCGGAGCUGCCUGUGGACCCUCUGGCCGCCUCCUCAGCCAUGGCUGCCACUGCUGCCAUGGCCACCACCCCGCUGCUGGGCCUCAGCCCGCUGUCCAGGCUGCCUGUCCCCCACCAGGCCCCAGCAGAGAUGACUCAGCUGCCAGUGAUCAAAGCAGAGCCCCAGGAGGUGAACCAGUUCCUCAAAGUGACACCAGAGGACCUGGUGCAGAUGCCUCCAACGCCCCCCAGCAGCCAUGGAAGUGACAGUGACGGCUCCCAGAGCCCCCGCUCUCUGCCCCCCUCCAGCCCUGUCCGGCCCAUGGCCCGCUCCUCCACGGCCAUCUCCACCUCUCCCCUCCUCACAGCCCCGCAUAAAUUACAGGGGACUUCAGGGCCACUGCUCCUGACAGAGGAGGAGAAGCGCACCCUGAUUGCUGAGGGCUACCCCAUCCCCACGAAACUCCCCCUCACCAAAGCUGAGGAGAAGGCCUUGAAAAGGGUCCGCAGGAAAAUCAAGAACAAGAUCUCAGCCCAGGAGAGCCGCCGUAAGAAGAAGGAAUACGUGGAGUGUCUAGAAAAAAAGGUGGAGACAUUCACGUCAGAGAACAACGAACUGUGGAAGAAGGUGGAGACCCUGGAGAAUGCCAACAGGACCCUGCUGCAGCAGCUGCAGAAACUCCAGACUCUGGUCACCAACAAGAUCUCCAGACCUUACAAGAUGGCUGCCACCCAGACCGGGACCUGCCUCAUGGUGGCAGUCCUGUGCUUCGUUCUGGUGCUCGGCUCCCUCGUGCCCUGCCUCCCCGAGUUCUCCUCUGGCUCCCAGACUGUGAAGGAAGAUCCCGUGGCCACUGACAGCGUCUACGCAGCCAGUCAGAUGCCCUCCCGAAGCCUCCUGUUCUACGAUGAGGGGACAGGCUCUUGGGAGGAUGGCCGCAGCGCCCUGCUGCCUGUGGAGCCCCCGGAUGGCUGGGAAAUCAAGCCCGGGGGGCCAGCGGAGCAGCGACCCCAAGACCACCUACAGCAUGACCACCUGGACAGCACCCACGAGACCACAAAGUACCUGAGCGAGGCCUGGCCAAAAGACGUCGGCGGAAACGGCAGCAGCCCCAACUUCUCCCACCCCAAGGAGUGGUUCCACGAGAGGGAUCUGGGCCCAAACACCACCAUCAAGCUCGCCUAGGCCAUGUCAGACCCAGGACCAGGACGUACCCCCAGCACCCCGACGAGGGGUCGUCUUGCUCACUAACCCGGAUCCGGCUCGUACCCCUGCCCCUGGAGUCCCACCUCAGGAGUGGUGGGGACUCAGAAAGGGUUCCACUUCUCCCCAGCCCUUCUUCGCCCCAGAUCUUGACUGGGGGCCUUGCCCCCCCCAUUUGGACUGUUCCCUUGGGCCAACCACUCCGGUCUCAGCCUCCCUCCCACAACCAUCCGUCCUCAGACAAACCACUCACUGGGCUGCCCCCUCCUCUCUCAUUCUGACCAACACGACCACUGCCCUCCCUGCCCCCCGGUCCCCCACAGACGUACACAUCAACACACCGACACACACAGACGCCCCCUCACCCCCACUGUACAGAGACCAAGAACAGAAAUUGUUUGUAAAUAAUGAACCUUAUUUUUUAUUAUUGCCCAUCCCCUAAGAUAUUGUAUUUUACAAGUCUCCCUCCUACCUUUGCCCCUCCCUCAUUUUAUAUUUUAUGAAGUUAGUGCGGGCUUUGCUGUUCCCUGGCCAGGAAGAGGGUCCCCUCCCCACACACCUCACCUGGCCUCCCCCUGCCGCUGCCCAAGCCACUGGGCCUUUUUAAUUGCCAAAUUGCUUCAUCUAUCUGCUCGGCAUAUGCUUUAAGAAGGCAAAAGUUAAAAAAAAAAAAAGAU